CACUUGUCAAUAUUGUACUUUAACUAUUUAUAUUGAAAUCAAUCAAGUAGCUUUUGCUAUAAUGUAAUAGAACAAUAUGAAAAUGAAAAUUAAAUUAAAUUGUUAGCUUGUUGAAUAAAGACUUGUUUUCUUGAAAGUAUAUAACAAUUUGGCGACGAGGAUUAUUUAAGAACUCAAUUCGUAAUUAUUAAACCAACAUUCAUCUUACAACAAAAUGGCGACUGAUCCGAAGAUUCUGGAACUUCUCGAACUACAAAGCAAACUUUUGCAAUCAAUUAUCGAGGAAAAGGAUGAACGCCGAGGUCAGGAAUUCACAAUGGAUACAUUGGCAAACAACAUUCAAGAAUUUGUCUAUGAUCCUGCAAAUGGAUUGACUUUUGAAUCUUGGUACAACCGUUUCGAAGACGUUUUCAUUGUCGAUGGGGCGUCUCUUGAUGAUGCAGCAAAGGUUCGUCUUCUCAUGAGAAAAAUGAACUCAAUCGCUCAUGAGAAAUAUGCCAACUUGAUUUUACCAAAAAAAGUCAAGGAUAUAAGUUUUGAGGAGACAAUAAAAAAACUCAAAGGUAUGUUUGGUCGUAAAGGUACUCUAUUCAAUGUUCGUUUCAGCUGUCUUCAAACAAUCAAACGAAAGACAGACGAUUUGGUUACCUACGCUUCAUUGGUGAACAAAAAUUGCGAAGAAUUCAAAUUGAGUGACCUUUCCAUCGAUCAAUUCAAAUGUCUGUUAUUUGUGACUGGACUACAAGCCCCAGAAGACUCGGAAAUUCGAACAAGAUUAUUAGCGUCGCUUGAAGAUGAAGAAAAAGCAAAAACCAUCACGCUCGACAAAUUAAUUUCUGAAGCUCAUCGAUACAUCAAUCUCAAAAAAGAUACUGCAAUGAUUGAACAUACACCACAGCCGUCUUCAAUUGUCAAUGCAGUUUCAUCAAGUCAAAAAUUCAGUCAACACGAGCGCAAUGGAUCAUUCCAACAAAGAUCUGAUACAACCAAGACACCAAGAACACCUUGUUGGCAAUGUGGAGCUAUGCACUUCUCUCGGGACUGUACAUAUUCACAACACAAAUGUUCUCAAUGCAAAAAGAUAGGACACAAAGAGGGUUACUGCUCCUGUUACAACAAAUCAAAUUCAUCAUCAAAUCAAGAAGGUGUUCAGCAAAAGAAGAAUUUUAAAGGUAAUAAAAAACAUUUUUUCAAGAAACGAUCUUUUCAGAGCAAUGCAAUUCAAACAACUGUGAAUUGUAUUGAACAUUCAAGCAAGCGAAAAUUCAUCACAGUUCAGAUCAGUGAUGUACAUAAUGCUAAACACAUUAAGGACACACCUAUUAAGCUUCAAAUAGACACAGCGUCCGACAUCAGCAUCAUAAGUCAAUCAGUGUGGAAUAAGUUAGGCAGACCAGGGUCACGUCUAAGUGAAAAAGCAAAAAGUGCAACCAGUCAUAACAUCAAACUAAUUGCUAAUUUCACCUGCAGCAUUCGUCUCCGUUCUGGAGAGGUAAGUCAGGGAAAGUUUUUCGUAACUGACAUAAACCUGAAUUUAUUCGGGAUUGACUUAUGUCACAGUUUCAAUCUUUGGGAUAAACCUCUUAGCAAUGUAUGUUGCCAAAUCAGUCACACUCCACACAAUCGUGAUGCAGCCAUUGCAAGUAUUCGUCAAGAAUACAAGGGUUUAUUCAGCGAUGAACCAGCAUGCGUUAAGGUCGACGUUCAGCUUCACCUCAAACCAGGAGCUAUUCCUGUAUUUAGAGCAAAGAGACCCGUGGCAUAUUCUGUAAUACCAUUAAUUGAAAAGGAACUGAAACGCCUGGAAGAUCUUGGUAUCAUAACCCCAGUAGACUUUUCCGAAUGGGCGGCACCAAUUGUAGCAGUAAGAAAACAGAAUGGUAACAUCAGAAUUUGUGGAGAUUAUUCUUCAGGCCUCAACGAUGCUCUAGAGCCACAUCAGUAUCCACUUCCAAUUCCUGACGACAUAUUCGCAACACUCAGCAACAAGAAUAUUUUCAGUCAUAUCGAUCUAACUGACGCUUAUUUCCAGAUACCAGUUUCUACUGAGUCACGAAAAUUUCUGACUAUCAACACUCACAAAGGUUUGUACAAUGUCAAUCGCUUAGCACCCGGAGUGAAGUCAGCACCAGGAGCGUUCCAGCAACUUAUGGAUACUCUACUGGCAGGAUUGAAAGGUGUUGCAGCUUACUUGGAUGAUAUAAUCAUAAGUGGCUCCUCCUGGGAAGAACAUCUCCAAAGUCUUCACGAGGUACUGAAGCGCCUUUUUGAUUAUGGAUUUCGAGUAAAAAUUCAAAAAUGUUCAUUUUUCGCAUCAAAAAUCAAGUACCUUGGACAUAUAAUUGAUAAGAAUGGAUUACAACCAGAUCAAGCGAAAAUCAAUAAAAUUCAGAACAUGCCAGCACCGCAGAAUUUAACGCAACUUCGAUCGUUCCUUGGAGCUGUCAACUACUAUGGUAAGUUUGUCAAGGAAAUGCGUCAAAUCCGUUCGCCUUUAGAUAAACUUUUACAAGCCGAAGUAGAAUUCAAAUGGUCCAAGUCAUGCCAGCAAUCAUUUGACAAAUUCAAGGAAAUACUUUCAUCAGACUUACUUCUUACCCAUUACAACCCAGAAUUGCCAAUUAAAGUCGCAGCUGAUGCCUCAGGUGAAGGCAUAGGAGCAUUUAUUGCCCACAUUUUCCCAGAUGGAACAGAAAAAGUAGUAAUGCAUGCAGCAAGAGCCUUAACUCCAUCUGAAAAGAAGUACAGUCAAAUCGAAAAAGAAGCUCUAGGUCUCAUUUUUGCAGUGACCAAGUUCCAUAGAAUGAUUUAUGGACGCAGAUUUAAUUUGCAUACCGAUCAUAAACCUCUUUUGGCAAUUUUUGGAAGUAAGAAAGGUAUACCCGUUUAUACCGCAAAUAGACUACAGAGAUGGGCUCUAACACUGAUGAUGUACGAUUUUAAAAUUCUUUACGUAUCAACAAAAGAAUUUGGGUGUGUAGAUGUCCUAUCCCGUCUUAUCGAGUCCCAAUCAAAACCUGAUGAAGAAUAUGUAGUCGCAUGUACAGUUUUUGAAAACGAAAUAUCACAAAAUUUGAAUGAACAAUUACAAAACUUGCCAUUAACAUACAAAAUGAUUCAGAAAGCAACCUCAAAACAUAAAGUUCUCCAGACAGUCAUCAACUUCAUGAGAUCUAAAUGGCCAGACAAGAAAUCAAUUUCAGCACAGGUUAAACCAUAUUUCGACCGAAGAGAUGCACUUUCAGUAGUAGACGAUUGUCUACUUUUCAAUGACAGAAUUAUAAUCCCAUCAUGUUUCCAUAAACGUGUUUUGAAACAGCUUCAUCGUGGCCAUCCAGGAAUCGAAAGGAUGAAAUCAAUCGCCAGAAGUUACGUGUAUUGGCCCAACAUUGAUGAUGACAUUACAGGAUAUGUCCGACAAUGUCAAAGUUGUGCAACUGCUGCAAAAUCGCCGAUCAAGACAACUUUAUCAUCAUGGCCAAGACCCUUAGCACCAAUGGAACGCAUACACAUAGACAUAGCAGGUCCAUGCGAUGACAAAUACUAUUUUAUCAUAGUAGAUGCAUUUUCUAAAUGGCCUGAAAUUUUCCAAGUUCGAAGCAUUUCAUCAUCAACAAUCAUACAAAAGCUCAAUAAAAUGUUUUCCCAAUUUGGAGAUUGUCAACAAAUUGUGUCUGACAAUGGAACACAGUUUACGAGCUCAGAAUUUCAAAAGUUUCUUCAAUCAAGAGGUAUUCAUCAUACGCGUACAGCUCCAUACCAUCCACAAUCAAAUGGACAAGCAGAGCGUUUUGUUGAUACUUUAAAAAGAGCCUUGAAAAAGCUUCAUCACGAAGGGACGAGUGAAGAGAACCUGGAAACAUUUCUUCAAACAUAUAGAUCAACUCCAAACAAAGUUAUAAACAACAAAUCACCGGCAGAACUAUUUCUUGGUAGGAAGAUAAAAACUGCUUUAGAUCUGAUGACGCAUAAACAUCAAGAUUAUUUAUCAACCGUACCAAACAAACAAAAUCAAUACUUCAAUUCCAAACAUGGUUGUAAGAAACGAGAGUAUAGUCCAGGCGAUCUUGUAUAUGCUAAGUUCUACAAAAGAAAUAAGAACCAUUGGAUUCCUGGGACCAUCAUUGAAAGAAUAGGUAAUGUCAAUUAUAAUGUAUUAACAGAAUUUCCAAAUCGUUCCAGACUUAUCCGUUCACACGCAAACCAGCUAAAAACUCGCUAUGCUCCUGAUACUCCUGAUAACACCAAUUCUAUCAAAAAGAAGUUUUCAAACAACUUAAAUGACAUUCUUUAUGAAUUAAAUAUGAUACCAUCUGUGUCAAAUGACGUAAAUCCACCUUCCGUUGAAGAACUAGAAUCUAUACCAAUACCUAUUGAGCCUAAUGAAAUAAUAGAAGAAUCUUCACAACAACAAAAUCAACCAACUACAAGUUCCAGUCCAAUUGCUGAAUCUAGAGUUCCUAGAGUUCCAGAAAACGAAGUUAGACGAAGUGAAAGAGUCGUUCGUACUCCAGCCUGGUUUAAAGAUUUUAACAUAUUUUAAAUAAAAAGGGGGAGGUGUUAGCAUUAUAGAAAAACACUUGUCAAUAUUGUACUUUAACUAUUUAUAUUGAAAUCAAUCAAGUAGCUUUUGCUAUAAUGUAAUAGAACAAUAUGAAAAUGAAAAUUAAAUUAAAUUGUUAGCUUGUUGAAUAAAGACUUGUUUUCUUGAAAGUAUAUA